CCGACAGAAGGCAGUUGGCGUGCCGAUUCAAAAUGGUGUAUUGUUUUCUCUGUGAAGAGGCUUGAUUUUUCGCGAAAUAUUACGUGUAAUUGAUGAGUAAAGGAAAAUGUUUGUGAACAAUAUCGAGGACAAGGAUACCCUGCACACGGCAGUGAUGAAGGAGCUCCGUGAAAAUGGGAUAAAGUACCAAAAACCGAAGAAGCGUCAGAUGGGUCAGGACAAGAGUGGCGGCAGGCGGAUAUUCCAUACACCACUGCAUCUUCUCGAGUUGACCGAGGUGUUCCUGGUGAAUGGGAGCGUCGUGCAAGUGCCCCACUUUGUUUCCGAUGCGUGCCAGUGGAUUCUCGACCAAGUCACCACGGAGGGACUCUUCCGGAAGGCAGGCUCCACUGCCCGACAGAAGAGCAUGAGAAGCAUGCUGGAGAGUGGAAAGUUCCUGGACAAAUCUCACCACGUCAUCGAUGUGGCCAACUUGCUGAAGAGCUUCUUCAGAGACCUUCCUGAAGCACUGCUGCCCACGGGCGUCAUUCAGGAUUCAAUGCUACGGUGUCUCUUCACUGCCAAUCAACUCAACACACUUCUUCUGACGUGUCUUCUCUUGCCACCACUCACCCUGAAUGUCCUGGCCUUCUUCAUGCAGUUCCUGCACACCGUGUCGCUUCACAGUGACCAGAAUCGCAUGACGAUUGAGAAUCUGGCCAUCAUCUUUGCGCCUAGUCUUAUGCCACUACCGGAAAUGUAUCCCACACGCCUCAAUAACUACGUGAAGAUCAUAGAGAUGUUGAUUGCGAACUCGGACAAGAUUGGGAUCGUGCCGGAGCGGCUUCUCAGCAAGAAUUCCAGCCGCGAUGUGGCUGAGAAGGAGGAGAAGAAGCGCAAGAAGCGACGCAGUGGCUCACUGACGAGAGUCUUUCAUGGACUGAAGAAGAUUGUGGGUGUCAGGGGAUCCACUGAUGAUCUGGACAAGAGUCCGGAGAUGCCGGGCGCCACUCCGUGCCUCACAAAGUCCUCGAAGAAGCGCAAGGCGGAGCAGAGUGGAAUGAGUGCGAAGAAAAAGAAGCAGAUCAUGGCGCUUCUGCCCAACGGGAGUCUCCUGCCCAGCACGCCGAUGCUGGUGAAGGAGAGCAAGAAGCUCCGUUUGAGUUUCGGCAGUUCACGGCGAAUCUCAAAGUUUCCCGGCGUGGAGCCGCCGGAAACCAUCACUGAGAGUCACAUUGAGCUGCCACAAAUGGAGAGACGCUGGAGUGUGGUGGGAACGCCCAUCAAGAAGGCGAACUCCCCGGAAUUUGACGGAGAUGCGACGAAGUACUUUUCUCCCGUAGUCUCUCUGCCUUGUCUCACAUUCUCAGAAUCCAGUCUCAAGGACAUGGGCGUGAGCACUGAUCUGGGAGUUGACGGGAUGACAGAGGAGGACAAAGACUACGUGAAGAUAUCCAAGAGCGAAUAUCAGGCUCUCAAUGAGAGAGUUGCUGCCAUUGAGGCGAGGAUCAGUCAGGAAUUCUCACUUCCCACGACUGUGGAAACACUGCCAGCGGAUCCUGAACUCGUACAGGAUGUCUAUGAGCAGACCUUGGAGGAGGCGGAGUCAAUUAGUCAGCCGGGCACUGAGGAACUGGCUCGCCGGCUCAGUCGCGAUCUCAAAAUUCGUCGUAGUGGUGACAGGAGGAUUUUCCGGUCGCCGAGCGCCAGGAAAAUUGGGACAAUUCGCCGUCGCUCUCGUGAAUCAUCGGCAAAGCUGAUAAGGACAAAGUCCUGGCAUGUGGGCGCAAGUGCCGAAUCAAAGGUGGACUUCUCAUUCUACCCCAAGACUUCCCUCAAGCGCGGUCGUCCUAACACCCUCCAGACUGGACUGCGUCAGCCGAGCCCGGUGCCCAAGAAUCCCGAGCAGGAAGACCAGGAGAUUUGGACAAGUGCCGAAGACUUCUUCGUCACUCAGCCGCCUCAGGCGACGGACGAGGAGAAGAUUGUGUUCAUCACGGAGAAGCGCAAGGAGGUGAAUCCCUUUGACACUCCACAAGCGGCGGAGCGCCGCCAGAGCCUGAGAUCGGCCACAAAGACUGAUGAUGCCAUGAGUCCCAGAUUCAAGACCAAAAUCACCGUCUCGGAAGCCACACCGAUGCUUCCACCACGUGGAAUGCCGCCCAAGAGGACGCCGCGAUUCCCCAAAACACCUUUCGAGCAGCAUCAGCAGCUGCCGCCCACGGGCAGAGCCUCGAUUGCGCGUCUUAGGAGCCAGAACGCGGGCAUGGUGGCGGCCAAGGCGAAGCUGUUCGAUGGCCUGGUCGAUGAGAGGGAGAAUGCAACGCCAAAGAGGGGGCGCUGUCCCAGGGCCCAGCGGCUUCAAGUAGCCGAGGAGAGCAAGACGUUCCUCAAGCCGCCAGUCAUUCGCCCGCCCCUGAUGGAAAACACGCCGAGGCGCAUCGUCAAGGUCUCUCAGCGACUGCACAGCCCCAAUACGCCCAUGAAGGCGUUCCGUGCCAACUCUCGCUCCCCGCGAGUGCCAAGGAAUUAUCGCUCUCCUCGCCACUAAGUCCGACACAACAAACUUAAUAAUCUUAUCUUG